AGGGUGUAUAUGAUGCUUAGAAUGAAUGGCGGUGAUGGAAGCGGUUAUGGAAGUUCUGAUAGUGGUAGUUAUGUUUAUGAAGAUGAAGCUGGUGAUGAUCCGAAUGAUGAUGGGAAUGAUGCUGGGAGCAUUGAUGAUGGUGAAGAUGCAUUCGAUGUGCAUGGACGGGCCCCGAGUGAGGAUGAAUUGGGUGUGGAGAUCGACCCGUCAGCGUUUGAUAGUGAUGAGGCAUAUGCGAGGGCCCUUCAGGAUGCAGAGGAGCGAGAAGUUAUUUUUCGCUUGAUGGCCCUUGCCAGCAUCAAUGAUUGUGAGUUCACUCGAACUAUGAAAAAUGAGUGUUUGAACUAUAAUGAUGGUUGUUGGGAAGACGAGGUUGCCAACAUUACUGGUUGCAAGGAUACAUUCUGUGGAAGGGUGUGUGAGUGUCCGUUGGUUCAGGAAGUGCAGUUUAAGGGAGAUGUUUAUAGCAGUUGUCAAGGUAAACCUCUCUCCCGCUCUAUAUGA